AUGCUUUCACUACCGCUACACCUGCUGGUGUGGUCGCUCGUAUGGACAGUCAACGGCCAGAAGGAUGGCGCACAGCAAGAUGUUCAGUCACUCAUUCUCAGAGGCCCACAAACCGCAAAUUUCUGCGAUUCUAUCCAUCUUUCGUGGGCUGGAGGUCAAGAACCAUUCACAAUCUUCACGGCUUUGGGCGACCCUAGCACAGAUACGCUCGGCGGGGACGAGAUAGAGUUUUAUACAACUACAGAUCAAACGGUCGACUUCACGAUGAAUUUUGUCAACCCCGGUGACAGCAUACGAUUUCGCUUACAGGACGCUACAAACGCCACUACGAGUCUCUGGACAACCAUUACUGGAGAUCCCGGUGCAUUCGCGUGUGCUUUUGAACCACAUGGACCUUCCUCCAAUGAUGACAAACCAACAACUAAAUCGAAUGGGCCUUCACCGGCGCCGAACUCAAUUCUACCCGAUCCUUCAGUAGUCGAUAAUCCUCUUGGCCCUACUCCUACUCCUAAUGUGAGAGGCAGCUCUGGUAUAUCGACGCAACAGGUGUCACCGAGUGCGACGGGCCAGAAUGCCCAGUCUGCUCGAGGGAGUGGUUCCAACUCCAUGCUACCAUUACAGACAAAUGAAGGCGAUUCACCUGGUAAUGGCAACUCAGAUCACCUCCCUCCCUCUGGAUCUUCAGGGAGUCAUUCAGGAGGAACACGAUACUCAGUCGUCAGCGGAGUAACGGUUGCCACUAUCGUCGAGUCUGCGACUCAGCAGCCUAGUAAUUCAGCGCCAGGGCAGCCGACCACUCCUUUAGAGUCCACAGACACAAGCAACUGGUCAACGAUCACCUCCUCACCAAGUCUACCAACCUCCACUUCUACAUCGGCGGACAACUUUACCUACAUUGACUGGCACCCGAGUGGCAGCAAUGAAAUUCACUCCAGCGACGAUGAUAUUCCAAUCAUCAACCCUGAAAUCGCAUCUUCUGGGACCAAUGAAACGUUCAGUACUUCGUCGCUAGUGGCUCACGAACCCUGGCAGUCUAAUGGCACCUGGAGCAAACCGCCUCCAGCUGGUGCCGACUUUCCAUCCCAGCCCAACGCCACCGCGACGCUCUCCAUCAUUACCAACGGUCCUGUCGCCCCGUGUGACCCUGUCGAAGUAUGGUGGGCGGGUGGAGUUGGGCCGUUCGUAAUUUAUUACAUGCCCUUGACUGUCAAUCAAAGCAUCGAAGAUAUCGACGCGAAUACAACAGAAUACUACGUAUCCACAGAGCGGUCGUAUGGGCCUAUUCGUAUAAAGCAAUUAGGAGAUCCAAAGACGCGUGGUCUAACUAGAAUACGGAUUCAAGAUUCCACAAAUGAAAAUACUAUGACAUGGUUCAGCAACACAGUCCCCCGGGUAUAUUUCCCUUGUACGUUCCCCAUUGGUGGUAGUUCACCCCCGAGUACUCCGGUGCCAGUAAUGGAUGCCACGACUGUCAAGCCUCCUUUAAUCACCUUUCCUACCACCGAGCCUGGAGCAGAACCAACGACGGCUUUCAUUGCUACAAUCGAUGGCACGCGGUCGACAAUCAUACCAACAUUUACAUCGGAGGAGAUACCGACGACUGGUAUGCAACCAGGGGCCAGCGUAGCCAAUAUCAUUGCCAAUUCAGGAGCACCUCCCCAGCCAACUAGUAACGUGGCAAGCGAAAGCGUCGUCCAUGGCCUGAAUGGCAAUUCUAACACCAAUACACCGAGUAGUGAAACAUUGGGCGGUGGUAGUGGCUCAAAUGGAAGCUCCAUUCCAACAGUGCCCAGUGGACAUAGCAGUGCAUAUUCGACUUUGAAUGGGAGUACUCUCCAAGGACUGGCCAGCAUUGGGUCCAGCACUUCGAGUCUCGGAAACAAGCCAGCGAGCACUGGUGAAAGUACAAUCAACACUACGGAAUCUACCGAGAGCGAAUAUAGCGGGACAGCGGGUGACAGUAUCUCCACCGGAAGCGCCAGUACUUCAAGUGCCCAGACCGGUUCCAGUGGCAGGCAGACUACGAGCAGUAGUCUUCCCUCGCAACAUACCUCCCUACAAGUCGUUGAUCAAGGAGUUACAAAUGCUAGUGACAGGAACAUCUCGACUGGAAAUAGCAGCUAUAUUGUCGUGAAGAUCUCCAAGCGAGUGUUCGCUGUCGUCAUUUCACUGCUGAACGAUGCUUCGAUAAGUACAUUGGGGCAAAGCGAAUCCACGACGACCAUUUCAGUGCCUGAAGACCCAUCUUCUGCCCUCAGCUCGUUUACAGAAUCACUGCCAACGGAAACCACAGAAACGUCCACAAUCACUUUACCACCCCAAUUCGUUCCUACUUACUUGCCUACCCUAACCAUUGAUGAGCACGACCUUCUUUGGUCGACUGAUGGCGACCUACCCUUGACUGUUCUGGACGAAGGGACGGGUAACGAGUCGACUACGGAUCCCACACCUAUGCCCCUCGAUGAAUGGAGUUCCUGGGUACCCGACAACAAUACAUGGUCCACUCCGCCUCCUCCAUCUGCCAAUCUACCGACGCCCCCAAGUUCUGCAUCAACUCUUUCCAUCUACGCCGAUGGACCAGUGACAUACUGCAAGACCAUCAAUGUAUGGUGGGCUGGAGGUGUUUCACCCUUCAGCCUUUAUUACAUGCUAUUGGAACCGAAUCAAACUGUCAACGACUAUACGGUCGAGUAUACCGUUACUACAAAGGCGUCAUAUGGUCCUAUCUAUAUAGUGCAAUUGGGUGAUUCAGAUAUGCAAAUGGGCCAAAAACGGCGUGGUUUGACAAGAAUUCGAAUUGAAGAUGCCACCGGUACUAGCAAAAUGACUUGGGUCCAAAAUCUCGAACCAGAGUUACACCUCCCUUGUGGAGCCGUUUUCGGAGCAAUCACCCCGAAGCCACCGCAAAGCACCGCGUCUACCGUCAAGUUUGACGACUAUACCACUGUCGGGGGCGGAACUCACUUGACAACAGUGAUGAUCGCCACGAUUGAUGGCCAACCAACGACAAUCUUCCCAAAUGUCAUCCAGGGAACUAAACCGAGUGACGUUGCUCAGCCUGGCCCAAAUGUCUCCACCGGGUCGGGAGCGCCGCCUCGGCAAACUGGUGGCAUGCAGAGUGGGCCAGUCGUACAUGGUGCGGGUAGUGACGUGAAUGUCAACAGUGAAGGUGGCGGUACGCCAGGUGGGAACACACCAGGUGGCAGCAAUUCUUUCAAUGGAAACACGCCAGUAUCCAGCAACGCUACAUCAAAUCCUCAACCAGGUGGGGCGGACGCACCCGAAACCGACGUGCAAGGUCCUGUUCAUUCGAUUGCAACUGGCGGAUCAGGAUCAACAAGUACAGGGUCCAUUCAUGGUCAAGCUCCCAACUCGGCCCUCCAUUCUAGUAGCCACAGAAGCUUAAGCGUAGCUUCGAAUAGCCUUACACGCAAUAAUAGCAACGUCAGUGGAACGAGCCACAGCCGUUCUCUGCGCAAUACAAGCCAGUCAAGCACAACCGACGACCAAGCUUCGAGCAUCAUUCGCAGUGACGAACCAGCGAGCAGUAGUGCUUCUUCCUCCUCUUCUAAUAUUGUUGCAGGUGUUGCAAACGUUACUGAACAAAAUGGCUCUGGAAAUGAAAAUUACAUCGUCGUGAAGGUCUCCAAGCGAGUGUUUGCGCUCACCGUUGCCCUACUCGCCUCUGCGGUUCUAGCCUGUGCAGGGUUCGCCUUUUUCCUCCAUCGCAAGAAAAGAUUCCGCAGAUCGGAAUCUCAUGAUCACUUAUUUUGA